CCCUGAACAAUGACUGUACACUCAGUGCUGUCUUGCAAUGUUUUCUCAGAACCUUUACGAGAGGGUCGACGCUAUUGGGCAGGCCAUCAAGCCUACUAAUACACUGUCAAAGCAAUGACAUCAGCAAGACCAAUAUAACGCGCAAGGCAUCGAAGAUUCCUCUCGUUAACGCAAACCAGACUUGCACUUGCACACCAUGACGCCCCGAGUCGCAGUCGUGAUAUACACCAUGUACGGUCAUGUUGGCAAGCUCGCCGAAGCCGUGAAGUCCGGUGUUCAUGCUGCUGGAGGCACCACGAGCAUCUACCAAGUGCCCGAGACCCUGCCCAAAGAAGUCCUCGAUAGAAUGCACGCACCUCCCAAGCCCGACUAUCCCAUCGCCAGUGCAGACACAUUGCGCAACUACGAUGGGUUCCUCUUCGGCAUACCCACUCGCUACGGCAACUUCCCAGGCCAGUGGAAGGCCUUCUGGGACACCACGGGCCAGCUUUGGUCUCAAGGCGCACUGUCAGGGAAGUUCUGCAGCGCCUUUGUCUCCACUUCUUCCCAGGGAGGCGGUCAAGAGAUGACGGUAGCGAACGCUAUGUCGACGUUCGUCCAUCACGGCAUGAUCUUCGUGCCGCUUGGGUACUCCAGGGUGUUCAAGCAAUUGGGCAACAACGAAGAGGUUCAUGGAGGAUCGGCUUGGGGCGCAGGUACCUUUGCUGGAGGCGAUGGCUCGCGCCAGCCUACGCCACUUGAACUCGAAGUCGCUAAGAUUCAGGGUCAGCAAUUCUGGGAGACGCUCGCCAAGCACUCCUUCAAGUAGAGAGCGUUACAACUACCGUAUAUAUCACUGCAGACAGUCCCUGCGCCCUUGCCCUGCGCUCAUAUGAAGUGCGGGGAAGAAGUUAUCAUCAUUCACCCCAUCCUCGACAUCAGUCCCUUCCUUAUUACUUCCGGUAUAGUCAGUAAAAUACCUAUUCCUCGCAAUCCAUACAGCACUCUUUCGUUGUCCAAGAAGUACGGUGCGGGAGAUCGGCAAGUCCAGAAUGGAGAAGUCCUUAUGGUCUGCGGGGUGAAGCAUUCGCCUGGUGCCGAGUAGACGCGUCUUGACGCCGCCGACCAUUGUCCGAUCCCCACCAAUGCGCAACCCCUUCACUGAGCUCACUCCCCUCAUCUCGCGCAGCAUGCUGAAUCAAGGCUCCUCGAUGCUCUGGC